UUUUAUUUUGGUUGAUGACUUUGUUAGUUGAUUCUUUUAAACCUACCUUGAUCAUGAAAUUUUUGUUUAUCUGAGGUUUGAUUAUUGUUCGUUUGGUUGAUUUAAUUUGUUUCUUGAUUUUGCAUGUUAAUCUGUUAAUGGUUUCAGUUUUUUUCCCCUUAAUCUUAGAUUCUCUUAAAUUUUUUUAUUUAUUAGAGAUAUCCAAGAAAAAUAAUUGCCAUCAAAAUCAGUUUCCUAGUUCUAAAUUCGUUAUCUUUGCGAUGGCCAUCAUCAUCGGCUUGAUAUAUUUCAUUGUUGAUCAUUGAUUUUUUGACUUGGCUUGACUUAAAAGGAUGAUCAGUUGCUAUAAUUUUGAUCUGAUUGUUGUAGAGAUUUUGUUGCUGUGACCGUAUUUAAACAGAAACUCUGUUUGUAGGAAGUAAUUCCAAGUCCGGUUUUCUGCCUUUUGUUCUAAGAAUUGUGAUAAUAAGGGUUUUAAAACUGAUACAAGAGUUCAUAGUCAUAUUUUUCAAGGGGAGUGCUUUGACAUAUGAGAUGUUACCCAGUAUAUAAUUGGACAACCUUUUCCGAUGUCCUGCAAUGGGUUCAAUGCAAAAAAAUCAAGGGAAAAGAAUUGGGCUUUUUGGCAUAUUGCAUCCUCUAUCGUGCAAUACUAAUUUGCUUUCCUGAUUUUGAAUCUCAAAUGUUUGCUUGCACGAUAUCUGUGAUAGGCUUAACCUCUCAAUUUUAUUCUUUUGUCCAGCACAUUGAUGCUGUCAAUGUUGGUUUAAAGAUUUAGUUUAUAAAAAGAAAUAGAAAAUGGUUAUUGUAAGCUGCUCCCCCUAGGGCUGCUGUAACAUGAGAAAUUGACUUUCAAUCUUUGUGGUUCAGAUUCAAGUUUGUAGAUGAAUACGUCAUACCUUCCUUCUAGCAUGUCCAACAACUUCUUGUUGGAUGCUAUAAUGGAUAGGGUUGGAUAUAGUUUUCUCUUGGUUUCCUUAGCAGCAACUAGGUUUAGAUGUUUUCUUAUGCAGGUCAUUCACUUGGCGUUUCAUUCUUGCACUGAUCUUGAUUUUGCCCCUGAGCCUAAAUACUAAUAUGUAUGCCAGUUUUGGAACGACAGCCAGUCUAUAUCUGAAGGAAAGCAUUGGUCAAUUUGGCAACUGAAGGGGAAAAUUCCUAUAUCUUCUUAUUAGGUUCAUAUGCACUCACUUUGGACUGUUUAUGUCAGCUGUUAUACACGGAGAACAAGUAAAUGGUUUAGAGCUACCAAUUUGCAGAACUCUUAGACCUUGUUCAAUCGGAAUUCACUUUGACAUCAGGAUCUUUCCACUCCAGGAUCUGGAGAUUGCAUUGAAAAUGAUUAAAGGGUGGGGGGGUGAACGAUUGUAGUCAUGCCAUUAUCUUAAAUCCAUUAUAUUUUACCCAUGUGUUAGCAUGCUCGAUGCUUGUUGUAGGGUGUCACAGGAGGUUUAGGGAGUGACUGACAUUAAGGAAUUGAUAAUAGUGUCUCGUGCUGUGUAGUUCUAAGAUGUAAUGACCUAAGAAUCCCCUAAAGCUUGCUGGGGUCAUCUUCAUGGCCUUUACAGUUCCUUAUAUUCAACCAUUCUACUGUUUCUGCUGAUAGGUUGAUUUAUAGUGUAGGCCUUGUGAUGACAUUGCUGAAGAUUAAGCUUAGUAUUAUCUGCUGGACACCCAUUACAUUCUGUUUAUGGAGACUUAAGACUUGGAAAAAUUGGAUGCCAGGAUGAUGACCAUUAACAGGCAAGUGAUGGGAACUGUCUUACAUUGCUUGUCAGUGAAUGUAGUAAAAACCUUAGGGGUUGAAAAAAUUUAGCAGUUGAAAUCAUGCGUCUAGAUGCCUCGGAGGAGGGACAAUUAUGCAAACAUUUAAAGGUCUGAUGGCAUCAGGUUCACAUAUUUUAUUGAGGCGGAGGGCUGACUUGUACUUGCAUGUAGUGGCUUAGACGCUUACUUAAGCCAAAACUGAAGAUUGUUACUCUCAAGAUGCAAGGCAGUGAACCAUCUUGACAGGAGAGCUGAAUGUUUGUUAAGUUUGGAUUAAGAUAUGGUGCGUCUGAUAUGGCCUUUCUGAUGCUCAGUAUUGAAGAGAAAUCACUGGAGCUGGGUUUUGUAAGAUUCUCCAUGUUGCUUUGUAGGCUUUAUUAUAUGUGCCUCUUUCUAAGGAGUUUAUUCACACAUUUUGAAGCCUUUUUUUUAUUUCUCGGGUAAUAUCUUCCCCCUGAUUUGUAUUAGUAAAGCUUCCUGGUGAACCAUUUCACUAUUUUUGGCAGAGUUCUUUAACGAAUGUACAUAAUACUAGCUCAUAAUUUUUUGUUGAUACUCACCUAAUUGUUUAACCUUGAAAGAUUUCAGAAAGACAUUGUGAGGCACAAUAUAUGAGAUACUAAUAUGUAACCACUUCAUCUCUACUUCAAAUGUUACAUAAUAAGAAGAUAGGUUUUUGUCCCUCUCUUACGGACUGGAAGUUCAGUGUCAUGAAGUUACUAAUUUCAUGACUGGAGUACGAGGCCUUAUUCUUCUGCUGUUACUGUGACUUCACAAUCUUUAUAUCCAUUCUUGGAUAAGUGAUUAUCACUUUCAUCACAUACAUCUGCUGAGUUAUAAAUCAAUUCCGGGUGAUGUCCUGAUGUAUAAUCCUGCUUCUAGUGGUUUCUCUAGCCUCAAUCUAAGGUACUAUUGCAUUGGGGUUAUAGGUUAGUACUAGCGACCAAUUCAAAGUCUGUAUGUAAUUACAAUCUAGUGUUAUCUAUCUUGCAUUCACCUUUUCCUUCUUUGUUUCUUGCCCCAGAAUAUGACGAAUGCCCUCUCCAAUUUUUCGGAGAGGGGAGAAAUGUAUAACCAGAUAAGUGCAAGAGGCAGGACCAUGGCUGGCACGCCAGUUUAUAAGAAGACCAUAGUUGCGUACUUGGUAUUAGGGCUGUUAAAUUACUGUGUGAAAGCCUACUGCAAAACACACCCUAAGCAUUUAAUUCCUUUUUUGCAGCUCACUUUGUCCUACUCCUAAGAAUCAACUCACACGUGACUUACUGUUCAUUAUGCACAAUUUGGAUUUGAUGGGCCAAAGUAGAAAAUUUCUUAUGGUUGUUGAAGUUCUAGCCUAGGUUUACUCUUCUUCUGAGACAUUUAUUCUUUUCCUUUUAAGUGACUGUUAUGGGGCAUAGACAUUUAUUUGGCACAUCCCAAAUGUUUGAGAGUGAACCUGAGCAGGGCAGGAAUCAUUUGCAUGUAGAGCAACCUUACGCAAAUAUAGCGAGGUCAAGCUCUACAGAACAUGUUUCAUUCUUCUACCCAGUAGAAAAUAUGCCUGUUGAUGCGGUGCAGUUUUCUUCUCACUGGAAUUCCAUGCCUAGGUCAAGUGGUUUUGCUACCUCAAGCCAUAAUGUUGAAGCUCCACGCUACCAGCUUGACACUUCAGGCCCAUCUCAUGAUCUUUUUCUGCAUUCAUCUGCGCCUAGAACCUUUGGUUCUGCUCCUGAGAACUACAUGCAUCAUGCAUCUUCUUCCAAUUAUGAUAGGCAGACUUUCCAAGGAAUUGAAGGCGGUCUUGUUGAUCUCCCAAUGAGCAGUGGAAGAGGAACUCACAAGCGAAAAAGCCCGGGAGUUCCUUCAGUCUGUGAGAGGGGUGGAUCAAGCAGAUAUGCUGGUGCUGGAAGUUCAUCUGAUAUUCCUUUAUCUUCUGACUUUUGGCAAGAGAAACCUAAUGUAGAUCCUCAGCACAUGUAUUGGGAUCAUAUUUCCAUGCCCCCGAGCUGUAGAGGCAAUGGCCUCUCAAUUAGGGGUGAGUGUUCUAUGCGGAAUGUGAGAAGCCGUCCAGCACUUGAUCUUGAAUCUAACCUAGUUAGGACCCAUUUGUCAAGCAAUACUUCCUACCUUACAAGCCACCCGGUUGAAUGUUCUAGCUCAGUGGAUAUCACUGGUCAGAGCUCUAAUGCUAUGUCAAGGGACUGGAGCCAUUUGAGAAUGUCUCCUAGUCAUGGAAGGAUUCCAGCUGCAGAUUCAAAUGUUUUUACUCAUGAGACAAACCGCUUUCUGGGUGGUAGUAAUGCUACAAAUGCUUCUGUUGAGGUUGGGGGACUUCAGCAUAAUUUCAUUUCUGGUAGAAAUCCUGUUCUUCCUCAGGGUUUCCAUGGCAACUCACCACAAUCUGUAAGGGGUGCUCGAACAAAUUAUUUUCAGAGAUCUAGCCCAAAUUUCAGGGCCUCUUCCAGCAGUGUGCACAUGGGACAUGCUGCAUCCCAUGAAGAGGGGAUGCAGGUUGUUUCUGAAAGUUAUUCAACCAGGCAUCCUCGGCCAUUAUCAGCUGUAACAUGGCGUAAUAAUGAGCGGAGUGGGAGGUCAAGGAUAUCUAAUGAUAGAUACCAAUCUCUAGCUGAUGAUGCAGCUUUCCAUGGUCGAUUUUCAUCUGAGGGUUUUAUGAUUGUUGACCGCUCCGCCUUUUAUGGAUCUAGAAAUAUGUUUGAUCAGCAUAGAGAUAUGAGGUUAGACAUAGACAACAUGACUUACGAGGAACUACUUGCACUAGGGGAAAGAAUCGGGAGUGUUAAUACAGGCUUGUCUGAAGACUCGAUAUCUAAGUGCUUGGCUGAAACAAUUUACAGCUCUUCAGAUCAAUUCCAGGAUGAAAGCUCUUGUGUGAUCUGCCUGGAAGAGUAUAAGGACAUGGAUGAGGUUGGGGCAUUAAAGACUUGUGGUCAUAAAUACCAUGUUCCUUGUAUCAAGAAGUGGUUGUCGAUGAAGAAUACAUGUCCGAUCUGCAAAGCUUCGGCUGUGGCCGAUGAUAUAAAAUAGUGACUUCUAUAAUGGCUUGUCAUUUAUCAUUCUUGUAUAUGUAUGUUAAACUUGCUCAAACAAAAUGACAUUGUUUAGGGAAAUUUGUAAAAGAAAAAGGGGGAAUGUUAGAUUAAUUUUAAACCCAUUUGUUUGCCUUCUAUCUCAAAUAUGUAGAGCCCAGUGUUGGAUUAUGUUUAAAUUUCAUAUGUUGAUUUCAUCA